AGAUAAUAUAUAAAUAUAUACUAUAUAGGAUAAUAUAAAUAAACAUAUUACACAGAAAUAAACAUAUUGCAACAUCAAAUUGAAUACAUCACUAUGACCCGGAGAUCAUCAGUGACCCCCACUAAAAUAAACGGACCAUUUAUGAUGUAAUUUAAUUUAAUCAUAUUAUCCAACAUUUUAUCAUUGCAACCUAUAAUAAUGAAAAUUGUGGCCUACAUGAUGAGACGUACAGCAAGAAUUCAUUGGGUAGUCAAUAAUGUUCAUUGAAGAGCAGUCUGAUUUUAUUAUUAUUAUUAUUACAUAAUCAUGAGUAUUAUUUCAUAUUUUCAAAAUUGUUAAUAAACAUAUGUAACAGUAUGGAUUUGCAUAAAUAUUAAUGAAGAAAUGUGUUAAAAUCUGGAAAAGAAUUUGAAAAGAAAAAUGAAUCUUCAAUUAAUCAAAUUUUUCUGAUCUAAAUCAUAUAGUUCUGAAAGGUACGUAAAAUUAUAAUAAAUUAUAAUUAUAAUUAAAUUAUAAUAAUAAAAUAAUCACAUAUUUGCGAUGUGCAAUAUAAUAAAUCUUCACAACGGUGUCGCACAUCAGAAAUUCCGGUCUUUAUUUUUUAUACUUUUUCCAAUUUUUAUUCAUAAUUUUUUCGGAUAGACAAAACAUAUUAAAUUUGAAAUGAAAUAAUUCUUGUUUCGAUAGCUGAAUUGAAAUAUACUUAUCGUUCUAGUGGAUAAACGAAAAAAAGCGGGUAUCGUGGAGAGAGAAAAUCAACAAUGGCGCAAACGUCAUCUAGCGAUGCAGGACGAAUUUAACCUGUCGAAAACAUCAUGACCGACAAACUCGCAGUGGUUGACUCGCGAAUCUCGCUAGUUCGCACUGGUUCGCGUUUCACGGUGCUUCACGGUAGCCAAAACGAGCAGAUGACGAUGUCUCGAUAGAGUACGUGAUCGGAAAUACAUUUAUCGCGUACAAGAAGUGCAACGCGUACCUCCCCAUGUCCGUCGUCCCGGCAGAACAAUAACCCUUGCAGAAGCUACAGAAAGGUAAUCCUAAAUGGGGAAGGUCAAGAAGAGACCGGAACUGCUCCAUCGCAGCAAGUCACACAAUGUAUUACGUAACUUAAUGCUAAGAGAUUUUGGAUUCCGCACAACGCAUAAAACUAGCACGCGCGAAUUAGAGCCAAUAGCCGAAACAAAGCUCGUCCUGAGAGACCAUAAGGAAUUGAAAUGUGAUUUACCUGGUGUUCCUAAAGCCACUUUUUUGAUGGUUUUUAGUCCCGAUGGAACCAUGGUAGCAUCUACGCAUGGGAACCACAAUGUUUAUAUCACGGACAUCACAACGGGAAAACAUAUUAGGACUCUAUCUGGACAUCCGCGUACUCCAUGGUGCAUAGCUUUCCACCCAUCUUCCAGUCAGAUUUUAGCAUCGGGCUGUUUAGGAGGCCAAGUUCGUGUAUGGGAUUUAAGUGGUGGCAGCGAGAUUUGGAAUGCCGAUAGUCAUACUGUUAUUGCUUCAUUAGCGUUCCACCCAUUUGAAAGAUUAUUAGUUAUAGCGACAUACAAUGAGAUUCAUUUUUGGGAUUGGAGUAAAUCGCAGCCCUUCGCUGUAGCUGCUACAAAGACUGAUAAGGAAAAAGUAAGAUACGUAGCUUUCGACAGUUUAGGACGAAAACUAAUCACUGGAAUUGCAAACACGCCACAAGUUCAGUCAUGGGAUCGGACUCCCAUGGGACAAUUACUUAGAACUGAUUUGAUAAAUUUUAGACAUCGGUCACGAGAAAGUUUUCCAAACAUCGAACUCUCACCCUGGCAUUUGUGGAAUCAUGGUUCCAUGUAUGAGAGAGGCUCGGGGACGGAAACCGUGGAUAGAACUCGUGCGUAUCUGUUUAUGCGCAGAAGCCAUGAAAUGUCCAGCUUUUCGCGAUUUGCCAACAAUAACCAUCACCAUCACCAUCAUCACCAUCACUACCAUCAUCAUCAACAAUUCAGGAACAGUGCGCGGCAGGAAGAGGCGCGGUUUCAGCGGCGGCGUAAUCUAUCCGAAGAACUGAAUCAAACUAGGGAAGCUGCAUCUCGCACGAGCACGGUGGGAAUUCCCUCCCGUCAGCUUCCCAACAAUUCGACGAGCACGGAUAACGUCGACAACAGAUCGGCGGAUGACAGCAACGAUGACGAUCUGCCGAGCAAUUUGACCAGGCAGCACGAUCGAGACCCUAAUGUGACCAACCACGAACUGCGACCCCGUGACUCUCACCCUAGAGAUGAAUUGUACGAGCGAUUAAACAAUGCGUGGGUCGACGUGGAUGAACGACUGCGCGGAAACAACUCUCAGGAUUCGGAAAGACGGAUGAACUUGUGCUACAGGAAUCUCGUCGACCAAUACGUAACGCUUGUCAGACGUUACUUUGAUGUCUCCAGGAACAGAGACACGAUCGAUCGUGGCACGGAUCCCAUGGACAUGCCGGAAGCAUCUUCCGCCAAUCCCGAAGAGUCGAGCAGCAGAAGUGAAUCUGCAGCAACCGAAUCGUCUAUACGAUGGUUGAGAAAUGAACUGAAUUCAAGCGCCCAGGCGAACAACACGAAUCUAGAAAGGCUGCAACGUUGCCAGCGAUUGUUGAUGGAGCGUUCCGAGCAGGAAGAGAUCGGAACUACUCUUCAGAAUUUAAGAGAGGCCUUGAACGCUGCCGCGGAGAAUAACGGUUCGUGUUUGAUACGACUGCAGAAAUUACGGGAGAGACUGCAGCGGCAGACCGCGGCUUUGUUUGAACAUUCUAACAAUCGUAACUCUCGCCUCCAGUUGCUGCGCAACGCCUUGAACGAUGAGAUCGAGGCGCUUAACAAUAUGGAAGCGCAGUUUACAAACACGAGCUCCAGGAUCGAACGGUUGCGAGACGAAUUUGCGAGGUACGGCAUUUUGCCGCGGAAUCAUAUCGUGAAUGAUCUUUCGCAGAGAACUCUAACCGAAGCUAACUGGAGAGCGGUUUCCUCCGAGCUUACCCCGAACGACGGUCAGUUACCCAGUACCAGUUCCGCGUCAGCAGUGUCUUCGGCAAUGCGUGAUGAUUUACGUGUGGAACUCGAUGUGUUUCCUGGUACGAGUUCUACCAGAGAAAAUGAAGAGCGUGGAGCGGCCACUUCGCUGAGAGGCACCGGCAGGGCUACGAGGAGACGAUCCGAGACCACGAACACCGAGGAUGAACCACCAAGAAGGCGAAAGCGUAAAUGUGGGCCGUCACUGUCGUUAGCUUUCACUGGCGAUAGCUCAUCCUCGAGUGACGAGAGCUACUUGCAAGCGUCAACGUCACGUUGCAGCACAUCCAAUUUUACCGUUUCGACUCAUUCAGCGUUUCAAUUAAACGUACCCAAGCCGAUCGCGCAACGAGCCGUCACGCAAAACCAAGAAAUGCCGUCUAAUUUUUUCAGACUGGAUGAAACGGAUACAAACAGCUUGUCUGAUAAUUUAAAUAACGAAUCAAACAGGGAUAACAAUCAAGAUAACAGAAAUUCGAGGAUUACGCGAAAUGCACAGGAAUCGACCAGACCUCAAGAAUACAACACUAGGAGAGGAAAUUUACCCCUACUCAGGAGAGUGCUAGAUGUCCUUCAACGAAAUUUGCACGCAGCUCCGAUGGAAAGUAAUAAUAACAAUGUGCAACAAGUAUCGUUAGAUGAUUCGGAGAACGGAUAUUGGCUCCUCGAGGAGAACAGCAAUUCCGACUCGAAUUUCGAGGAUACAAAUUCCAAUACCAACUCGAAUUCUCGUCGGUGGACCAGUCGAUGGAUACAGAUAGACACUUCGAGCAGAAAUCCGGAAUACAGCGACGAUUUGCCAAAUGAGCGAACGCGCUCGAGAUCUUUCUCGGAGGACGCCGAUCAGAGUUCUAAUGAUAGAUACAGAGAUCAGAGGAAUCGGCUAUCGCCCAUGUCCGCAAAUCCCACUCGUUACGAGCAGCCACCGUUAUUCCCCUUUAGGAGCUUGCGAGAAAACCAAUCGCAGAGAGUAGAACGGAAUCAGACAUUAGCAAACGUUAGUUCUGACAACACGCUCCAAUCAGACGUGCCGGAAAGCGUCGACGAUUCCGCCACGUUAAGAAUCAACUCUAAUCGCGAGAGUGAGUCAAGAGCAAGCAAUAGGCGACAACAACAACAACUAGUCCAUGAUCAACAAGAUGCAAAUGACGUGAAUCUCGAAUCUAACGAUGUAGACCCGAUAACGCUCGCUCUAGGCAAUAUCGAUCCAAGAGAGAGUUCGCUGGGAGUACGGCAAGGGAUUCAAUUGCUCAGCCGUCACAUCGACAAUAUGCAGCGUCUGUGUCGGGCACGUUUGGAGAUAGUCCAGCUGUGUCAAGUACGCAAGAUGUGGGAGGAUCUGCAGCGACAGAUACGCUCGUUACACGUGACGGUUCGCGUAGAAAGGCAAAACGAUGAUCAACCGGAAGCGCAAGAAGACACCGACAACGUCAUUAGCAAUCCCGGUCCGUCGACGUCGACUGCGAGUUCAACGAGUGAAUCGGCAAGGAACUUCAAGAAGACUCUAUUGGAGAAUUACCAGAGGGAAAACGAGAGCGACGGCGACCUAAGAACGUACGAUCAGAACCAACCGUCGACCUCGAGGGGCAUAACUGGUCGCGAGAGGAGCUUCAGAAGCAAGCCGUCAUCCAGUAACAGCGAAGAGAGCACAACGAAUAUGAGUCUCUCAAAUCUGUUGCCAAGCGAUGCCGAGUUACGGCGAAUGCAGUGUUUCAAGCUGGGUUUGUACGCGCGAUCGGCGUCGCGUUGCCAGAAUUGCGAUUCUCGCGUCGCCGACGAUCACACGUAUUCCGCCGUGACGACCGGUGACAUGCAAUUGCCCAGUAUGUCCAGUGUUGUGUCGAAUAUUAGUUCCAACUCGAACUUGCCCGCAGUUACCGCAAUAACGACGACGGAGCCGUCGGAAUCGUCGGAGCAUCCGUUACCCAGCAUCUCGAGUUUUGCCAAUGAUGCCGAUUGUGAUAUCGAGUCUAGUAGAUCUGUCCAAGUGCCGAAUACAAACAUCGAUGCCAGUAAUAAUGACGGCAACGGUGACAACAAUGUUAAUUCGAAUUCCCUUACGCAGCAUUCAACAAAUCAAGGAAACGCAUCCGCAUCUUUACCCGAAUCGUCUACCAGUAGCUACAAUAGACUGCAUGGCAAAAAAAAGAUGUAUCUCAGACGUUUAAAGAACGUUUCAGACAUUUGGUCGUUGAGACAUCGUGGUGCGAGGCAAAGUCCUAGACCUCAGUCAGCUAAUAAUCCGUUCCGUCAUUGCGAGCACGUCAGAAGAUCGUGGCACUUACGUAGAAAUGCAUCUCCAAAUAGUAGUGGCAGUAAUAACGAUUGCUUGGAUACAGAUAUAGAUGCACGCGAGAGGUUGCGAGGCUCGAAUACGUCCGAGUAUUUACAGAAGAUGAUUCUACGAUUGGAAUCGUUGGUCCGACAACAGAAAGCUCUAGCACGGAACAGUAACAUGAAUAGAAGAUUGAAUAGUAACAACCGCCAGUCGGAAGCCAAUAGAGAAAACGACAAUCGAGAAAUGGAAGAGAUUCGUGAAGCCACGCGAUUAAGAGCUAGACAAGUUCUCGGUUUGAUGGUGAGAUCUUUGAUCCAAUUUUUUGAAGUAACAAGAUCAGGAAAUGGCUCUCAAAAUAAUGUUCUCUAUGAACAGAUGUACAAAAUGUACGUGUUGCUGCACCUGGCGCUGGAAUUAACAGACUUGUUGCUAGCACAAUUGGUAAUAACGCGACGAGAAUUGGAGUCCAGUCAAUAUGGCUCUUUGGCUACGAAUUUAUCAGUUGAAAAUUCAGACAGAACAGACAUGAUUGACAAUAACAACGUCGAUAACAGUCUAGGAAUAGAGAAUAAUCGUGCGAAUGAUAAUUGUGCGCGCACAUCGCGGCGAAACGCGGACAGAGAAAGACUUCCAACGAGUCGCGACGAGAUGCCGAGUACCUCCAGGAUGGUUUACCAGGAUACCGCGGAGGAUCUUCUCUCGGUACACAGGAAUAAACAUUAUCGCAUGAUGGCGCAACGAUUAAAGCGCUUACUGCUGUUUCGUCAUCGACGGGGAGCGCAGAGCACCAGCAACUUGUCAGAAAACCAAACUAAUAAUUCAGCAGCAACUAGACCUAGUGAUAUCGGGGGAGGCGGUGACAAUCUCGGUGAAGAUAAUCGGCAGUCGACUUCUGAGAGUGCACUGUCAGCGGAAGUGCAGAGCAUCGUGGAGAGAAUCCGUAGUAGUAGCUCGAUCGACGACGAUCAUGGUGGUGAGUUUAGGACGGGAAUUGAGAGCCGGACGAUCAACACUGAACCGCAAAACUCGAACGAGAGUCGCUACGAGCCGGUGCCUAGCAGACGAGAGUAUCGACGCAGUUACAGAAACGCUACGGUGUCUGAACCGACGAUGAGAUGCAUCUAUGAGUCCAGAAACUCUCAGGAACGUGAUGUAGAGGCUGGAAGCACCAGCAGGAGCAAUCACGUUGCUCACACUUCGUCGGGAGAUGAGCAAAGCACCAGGUCGCUGCAUCAGCCGCAUCAGAGGGCUCGCUGGUACCGGCAGUACGCGCGAGGCGGUAUGACCGCGUUACACGAGCAUCCCUUGUAUGCGUGCUUCGAGUUAGCCCAGUUGAAUUAUCCAGGCGCGUCCAGCAACCGCAGAUUUCCUCACAGCAGCAGGGAAAGUGCUAGGUUACUGUACCAACCGCAUCAAAGAUCCCGGCGAUCUCGCUGGUACCCGCAAGACUUACGCGAGUAUUCUUUGCGCAGGUCCGGUAACUUCGAUUCGAAUUACCUGGAUGCGUCCAACAGUCGCAGGUUCCCUCACGGUAACAGCGAGAGUGCCUCAUCUUUUCGACGAGAAUUUAACGUGCCCGAACUGCAAGUGAACAGCGUGCCCGUGAAUGACUUGGAUACCUCACCCGAAAGUCCUCUGAGCAGACAGAAUACGCCACCGAUUCCAUCGACACCUCCACCCUUAAUCGGUAAUUUUGUUCAUAAUGCCGACAACAGGAAUUAUGAUGGAAUGAAUGAUUGGAUGGAUCAACCUGGACCGAGUGGAACCAACGCGCAAUCGAACAACAAUAGAAAUCGGGUGUCAAGGUUUCUAACAUUAUGGCGCAAUCGGUUUGCACCUCCUUUUGCAUCUCUUCAUAUUCAGGGACCAUUAAUUGGAGGAAAUGCUAGUGCCAAUUUCAAUGGCAGUAAUACUGCCGGAGGCGAAGAUGAAGACGGAGACGGAGACGGAGACGGAGACGGAGACGGAGAUGGAGAUGCUGCCAAUGGCAAUGGCAGUGGUAGUGCUAGUAUCAGUGUCAGUGUCGAUGCCGGUGCCGGUGGCGGUGUCGAUACUGAUGCUGGUGGCAGCAGCGAUAUCAAUGGCGAUGGCAAUGGCAGUAGCAAUAACGGUGCCGGUGCUGGCACUGGUGCCGAUGCCGUUGGCGUUGGCAUUGGGGUUGGAGUUGGAGUUGGAGUUGGAGUUGGAGUUGGAGUUGGCGGUGGUAGAGGCGGAGGCGGAGGUGGUCGCGGACGUGGAGGUGGAGGUGGAGGUGGAGGUGGAGGUGGUGAUGGUGAUGAUGAUGGUGAUGGUGAUGGUGAUGGUGAUGGUGAUGGUGAUGGUGAUGGUGAUAGUGGCGGUAGCGGUAACGGUAAUGGUGGCAGAGGUGGCAACAGAGGAGAAGGAACAGGAGAAGAAAGAGGAGGAGGAACAGGACGAGAGGGAGGGAGCGGAGGACAGGACCCAGGAAACGAUGAUAAUGAUUAUUGGGACAUUGAACAUCAUAUACCAGCGGGCAUGUUAUUUAAUCCAGCAUUGGAAAUUCAAAGUUUCCGCAUUCAAGCGUGGGACUUUUCCGACGGUGAUAUACCUGAUAUAACGGAUUCCGAGAAGAAUGUCGUAGUACGCGAAUGUAAGAUUCAUAAUGAUGCUAGUAUCGAUAUAUCCGCGGAUGGGAAAUUAUUGGCAACACUCAUGCCGUCAGGUCGUAUCAAUGUAACGACCAUGUUAGGUAUUUACAGUUUACAGUGGGAAACAUUAGGAGAGAGAAUUUACUCAACGAAGAUCGAUCAAACGGUAGUGUCUGUCUCGAUAUCGCCCACGCAGCAGCAUCUUUUGGUAGGUUUGGCACGUAGGAUUCACGUUCCCGCCAGACCCUUUCCGAUGGCUUUAAUUUACAAGCUAAUGGAGAAGCAAACUGAUGACAAGAAGAAGAAAGUCCCGUCGACAGAUCCCGUCUUGGAGUACGAUUCCUCCGACAGUUACAGAUCCGACGAACAGCUCGUCGAUAACACGUCCGCGAAUAACACCGUGAGAUCAAACAACGUUACGGUCGGCGCUUACAGACCGCGCGUUCAGGAAUGGCGAAUUCGCAAUAUGAGAACCGAGUUGGACGUCAAGGGUAACCGAGAGAGCAUGGUGCUUAUACGGGAAUUGUUGCAAAGCAGUCGGGAGACCUCGGGCUACGUCAGCUUGAAUUGCAUCAGAUGGGCGCCGCACCCGGGUCAGGGGAUGGUAUACGCCACGAAUACCGGACAAUUGAAUAUCCUGCAGUGAGAGACGGGACUAAACACUCUUUUGGCUUAUAGUAUGAAUGUAUCAUAAACGUAAGACAUCAUAUGGUAUCGCGAAUAUCCUCUCUUCAGUAGACUAAGGAAGAAUUUAAUGUAUGACGUGUGCUAAUAAUGUUUUUAUCACGAUUGAGUAUCAAUCUCUGCGAAUUGCGUAAGAGCGAUGGGCUGAAGCACGGGAUUGCGAUUUGUAUUUUAUUUUUCUUUUCGCCGAUAUAUUUCGUUCUACAAUAAAGCAAGUGUAAAAAGAGCAAGUUGUAUAGGUAUCAUAAUGUACGUUUGAUUUCUGUAUCAUUGUAUAGCUUAUGAAGUUUUUGUUAUUACUAUAAUUUAAAAGGCCCUGUAUUCUUUUUAUUAGACUGAAUUUGUAGAAUACGAUCGAUCUUUUUACGAGAAUUUCUGUUACGCUAUAUGAUACAAAAGUGAAAUUGUGAAAUUAUAUAGAAUAUGUAUUUACCGAUCAAUGAACGCUAAUAAAAUUAUUCAGAUCGCA